AUGGGAGUGUCUCAAUCACAUCCAAUUUUUCUGGCUCUCCAGGAGCUGUUGUUGGCAAGGAAGUUAAAGAUUAAGAAAUCAACCUUAGAAAGAUUUUUGAGUGAGUGCGAUGCCGUAGCCCCGUGGUUUGUGGUAUCAGGCAAUCUCACGGUGUCCUGCUGGGAUAAGCUCGGCAGGGACCUGGAGUUUGCUUGGGAACAGGGUACUUUGAAGAAGGGAGUGAAACCUAUCUGGAAGAUGGUGAGGAGCUGUUUGGAAGAUCAGAAAUGCUGUAAAGAAAUUGAGGAGGGACAAUCAGCCUUAGAACAGUUGCAAGAAGAAAGAUCAGAGAAGGCAGAAAGUGAGAAAGGAGGCAAGAAAAGAGAACCUCUCUAUCUUGAUCUUAAGGAUCUUGAGGAUUCAGAGGACACAGAUUCUGAGGGGGAAUUGCAUGCCUUAGUAAAGCAGUUAGAGAGGACAGCUAUGAGAAAACAGGAGAAGAGAAAAGACAAAGAGAAACCUCAGUUAGCAGCGGUAGGUGUAAAUUUAACUACUGCCAAGACGCCCUUGGCCCCUCCUCCGUAUCUUGAAGUUGCUCAGGCAGCUCAGCCAGCUCCGCCCUCUGGUGUAGGGAGCUCAUUUUGCCCUGGAAUCUGGACUCAGGUUAGAACUGAGCUGCAAUUUGCCUACCCUGUUUAUCAAGACCCACAGGGGAAUAGAUACAAGGAACCGCUUGAUUUUAAAGUAGUUAAAUCCCUGGCUGAGUCAGUCCGUACCUAUGGGAUUACUGCCUCUUUUACUCUAGCUCAGGUGGAAGCAUUGAACAGGCACUGCAUGACACCAAGUGAUUGGAGUGGCCUAGCCCGUGCCUGCUUGAGUCCAGGACAAUACUUGGACUGGAGGGCUUUUCUAAUUGAGUAUGCCGCUGAACAAGCCGCAGCUAAUCAGAGAAAUAGUAAUCCAGCUUGGGAUAGAGAUAUGCUGCUUGGUCAAGGCAGGUUCGCCAAUCAGCAGACAGGAUAUCCUCCACAAGUCUAUGAGCAAAUUAAUCAGAUAGCCAUUAAAGCAUGGAGGUCCUUGCCAAAUAAGGGAGAAGUGAGUGGCAAUUUAACUAAGAUUCUACAGGGCCCUAUGGAGCCAUUCUCAGAUUUUGUAGCUCGCUUGGUGGAGGCUGCGGGAAAGAUUUUUGGAGAUCCAGACAUGGCUAUGCCGCUUAUUAAACAGCUAAUUUAUGAACAGUGCACCAAGGAGUGUAGAGCUGCCAUUACCCCAUAUAAGAACAAGGGGUUGGAAGCUUGGAUGAAAGUGUGUAGAGAGCUUGGGGGACCACUGACCAAUGCUGGCCUUGCAGCUGCUCUAGUUCAGCUGACUCAGAAGAGAGGAGGAGGCUCUGGGGCUUGUUUCAAAUGUGGCAAGGCGGGACACCUUAAAAGGCAAUGUCCGGAAAGAGGAAGUACGGAGAGCACAGGAAACGGCCAGUGCCCUAAGCAGCCUGGAUUGUGCCCCAAAUGUAAGAAGGGGAAUCACUGGGCCAAUGAAUGUCGCUCUGUUAAGGAUAUAAAUGGACAGCCCCUUAUUCAAGGUUAUGGUGGAGCCCAUCCAAAAAACGGACAGCGGGGUCCACAACCCCAGGGCCCACAAAUAUAUGGGGCAAUAGAGAAUCAUGACAGAGAACCGAGUCAAGAGAGGUGGCCCACCCUACGUCAUCCGAGGGACCGCGGAGAGCCACUGCGGCUUCAGCAGGAUUGGACCUCCGCUCCACCACCACACUGGUAUUGA